GUGGCACAGCUGGAGGAUUAAAGUUGUUGUCGGCAGUGGGUCUGCCGAAUGUGGAAGAAUCUGUGUCACCGGGUUGGAUGACGGAGGAAGAGUUUUGAUUUAGAAUUAUUUAGUGUUUAGGAUUAGUUUGUAAAAUAAUUCUUAGCUGAUAACGUUCCUUAUCAGCAAGUUCUUUGUCGUUAGAUUGCUUUGAUUUACCGAAAUAGAAGAAACGACUUGGGGUUGUGUUGGAAUUCAACCCGCAGCACCAGUAGAACCAGCACAGAUGAUUUAUGUUCCGGCUCGUGUCACGGGUCACCGACAGCUGAGAUCGUUUGAGAAUCAUCUUAUUUUUGGCUCAGCACAGAACGACAAACGAUCUCUUGUCCAAUGAUCAUCUGUGUAUUAUGCCUUCGACAAAGUGUGUGUUCUCAACGAAGAAAAAUCUUUUCCAAUAUUUCAGCAUUCAUCGUGCCACAGAAAUAAUAAUUUUGGAAGUGUGCGCUUGUCAAAUUAAUCGUGUUUAGAGUGUAGAAAAUUGUGGCGAAGAAGAAAGAUAUCGAAUAAUUGUGAUCGAUCGCCAAACAGAAAGUGUCCUUUAGCAUAAAUCAGCUUUAGAGUAAAGUGUCCUUUAGCAAAUCGUACACGCAUCACCUUUAGCUCGUAGAAGAAGAAAACCUCCUUCGGGGAAAUGCUCGAAGCUGCAGCCAAAGUAAACAACAAACGCCAAAUGGAUUAACCCGCACCGAAGAAGCCAAACGCGAUUUCAACGUGCUGUUGUUUUUCGCAUCACGCACACGGCACUGGAACUGGAAGGUAGCAGCCGCCGCCCAGCACGAUGGCCAACUACUUUAUCUGUUUGGUGGUUCAGCGAUUGAUACUACCGCUCAUCCUGGCAAUAUGUUGCCUGUUGAGACCGGUAGGACUAUCACUUCCAUAUCUGAUCUUCCUACUCGCCCUACCGUUUGUGCCAGUGGCCACGCCGCGGAGUAUCAAAGGUUCCACGGGGAUCUACUUCAAGAUCUACAUCGCCGUGAGCAUUCUGCUGCUCCUCGGUCAAAUCGCCUUCCAGAUAGUGUUCGUAGUGCUCGGUUACGAGCUGAUCGAGCAAUGCCAGUUCACGGAGAUCCUGCUGCGGCACGUCGGGCUCGUCAAGUUCGAAGACCUGAACGCGUCCAUGGUGGUGUACUGGAUCGCGCCGGAGAUCAUCAUGACGCUGACGUCCGGCAUCGUGUACGGCGUGCUGAAGAAGCUCGCCAACGGGGCCAUCGGUGAAGAAGUCGGGCCGGGAACGGCCACCAGCCCAACCUCGCUGGAGGCGCCCGAAGUGCUCUCGCUGGGGUGUGGCGUCGGGGGUCCGAAUCCGGUGAGCCGGGAAAAGCUGGCGUUCCUCACGAAGCUGGGCGUCGUGCUGAGCGUGGCGAUGCUCUGCUUGGCCGCCGUUCUGCAGCCGUCCGUCCCCAGUGGGAUCUACUUUGUAAUAUUUUUGGGCUCGGCCACCUGGUGGGCGUGCUACAAGGAGCUGGAUAGAGCUUUCGGCGUAGUUUUAAGGAUAACGCUGGUGUUCCUGGUCGUGCACAUCACCGGCUUCCUCGCGUACCAGAACCCGUGGCCGCAGGAGCUGCUGCCGGCGAACGGCACGCUGGCGCGGAUAUUCUCCCUCACGCCGAUACUGUCCUCCAGCUGUGACAACCUGACGGACAUCCGGAACGUCAACUUCGAGAGCGAUCUCGGCUCCGACUACUACCUCAACCCGGUCGUACUGUUGCUGUGUUACUAUUGUAUCUCCAUCACCUCAUCGCUUCUUUUGAGACCAAGAUUGACGGAGAAGGAGCUCAAGCGGCAGGAGCUGUUCUACCAGCUCGAAAGUGGCGUCCGCCUCCACCGCCAGAUCUCGUUCCGCAUGAAUAGAAAGAAUAUCUUACGCAAGACGCUGACCAGCGAUCGGUGGCGUGGAGCCGCCCGCAAGGUUAAACUGAUGCGCGGCGGAACGCGAAGAGUCCGAGAUGCCUCCUCGUCUGACGCGCAACCCUCGAUACAGAACGACACCAUAGCUAUGCACACGAUAGGUCGUAAACCCAUUUCAGAAGAGGACGAUUCGACGAGCUUCUUCGAGCAGAUCAUGCUCGCCACCGGCAACGUGGCCAGCUUUAUCUACAAGAACAGUUACAUCUUUACCAACGUUAUCAUGAUGACCUGGAGCAUCAUGUACCACAGCUGGCUCACCUUCGUCCUGCUAAUCUGGGCCAACCUGAUCUGGAUCAUGCCCAACCAGCGCAAAAACAUGCUAAACUCCAGCCCGUUCCUGGUGAUCUACGCCGAACUGCUACUGCUGGCUCAGUACCUGUACGGCAUGAAGCUCACCGACGACGAGCUGCCGUCCACCGUUAACAUCACCGGCAUCAACCUCGCCCAGAUCGGCUUCAUCAAGUACCGCGACUACCCGAGCUCGCCGCUGCUGAUCAAGUCGCUGUUCACCACCAUGUUCUGGAUCUCGCUGCGUCAGAUGAUCCAGGAGAAGCAAAUGGAACGGAGGACGUCCGCGAUCGCGGAUCUGGCGGCGCCGCUGCAGGUUACGGUCGGGGCCGCUACGACGGGGACCGCCGCCGGUCGGCCGCUGGAGAAGAAGUCGUCGGCGUUCAUUACGCGCGCCGGCACGCUCAUCAACUCGUUCCUGAUCAAGUUCUGGAUCUGGGUGGUGGCGAUCACGCUGUUUCUGUCCGGGAUGACGGGCACGCGCAUGACCGGGUUCCGGAUCGUGUACAUGGCGCUGUUUUUGAUAUUUGUACUUACAUUCCAAUUCUCAUUCAAAGUCUGGCGCAAGAUGAUGUACGCAUUUUGGCUGACGGUCAUCGUGUACUCUAUGGCGAUUCUAGUUCUAGUGUACACCUACCAGUUUGACAAGUUUCCACUGUACUGGAAGGAAUAUCUCAAGAUUUCCGACACGCUUCAAAAGGACAUCGGACUGCAAAUCUACGAAACCAAGCAGCUGUUCUUGCAUCUAGUAAAUCCCACGAUGAUCGUAAUCAUAACGGUUAUUCAGCUCCACUAUUGCCAUAAGAAGUUCUUGGAAAUAUCGGAAAUUCCGGUCAUCCAAGACAACGAGAUUCCCGCCAUCUCGGAGACGAGCUCCGCAUACGGCACCUUCUCCAAGCGGAAAAAGAUGAGCAACACCACGGAAGCUCCGCCCAUCGAGAAAGACCCGGAGUCGGACCACGGUGAUGAAGCACCGACUGGAAAGGUCAAACUGCCGCCAACGGACGACAAAGACGACGAUGACAACACGUCGGAGAUUCUGGACGAUCUGCGCUUCCGGAAGCUUUCCAAGCAGGAAAUCAAGGGAGUGGCGCAGAAGUUGGUCAACCGGGUGAUGCAGCUGACGGAGUUGGUAUGGUUGUUUGCGGAGAUUCAUCUGCUGAAGAUCAUUUUGAUUGUGGCGUUUUCGCUGGGCGUGGAGACGGUUAGCUUUUUGCAUUUGUUGUACGUGUUUAUGACGGUGUUUGCCGUCAAGUCGCACACGAAUUCGCUGGUGUUGAUCACGCGGAUCAUGUCGUUGAUAUCUUCUAUUUUGUUGAUCACGACGAUGAUGUACCAGGUGGAGUACAUUAAGGAGGCGAACUUUGUGAGUGAGUGCCCGAACAUUGCGGCGAACAGCACGGAUAUGGACAUGAACAACGCGAAGUGGUUUGGGUUCCAGAAGACGGACGCGUUGAGUAGCUUGGCGGACUUGUUGAGGCCGUACUUGAUUUAUAUUAUUGUGGUGACGAUCCAUGCCGUGGUAGUGCUUCGGCAGACGAUCCGGCGUAUUCGGUUGGGGCAGAGUCCGCGGACUCCGCAUCUGAUGUUCCCGAACGUGACUCGGUCGGACGCGGACAAGGACAUACCUCGGAUGAUCAAGUACCUGUUCAACUACGGGUUCUACAAGUUUGGCGUGGAAAUCUCGCUGGUUUCGCUGAUUUCGUUGAUCGCGUAUCGGAUGGACGUGUUCUCGUGUCUGUACGCGGUUUGGGUCUGUGUGAUGUUCCACAUGACGCGGGAUAGUUUGAGGAAAAUGUGGCGGUUUCUGACCUGGUUCACGGUCAGCUUGAUUCCGCUGCAGUACGUGAUCUUCAUUGGGUUACCACCGGCGUUGUGCGUGGACUACCCGUGGGACAUUCCAUUCCUGGAUCACUUCCGGAUAUGGGCGAUGCUGCCGGAGAAUACGGAGCAGUUCCGAUCGAAGGCUCCGAAAAUGGUAUCGGACUUUCUGCUGCUCAUGUUCCUCUGCCGACAGACGUUGGUCUUUCGGAUCGAAGCACGGUACAACUCCUGCCCGGAUGACUUUGGCGGCGGAAGUAACAAAUCGGUGUUGGAUGACAUCGACAAGCUGGGGACGGUUCCGUUCAUCAACCCAACACCGGACUUUAUCGCGAAGGUUCGCAACUGGCUGGAUAUCAGCAAGCGCGGGAUCUUCCUGGUAUUCUUCUGGUGUACGCUGGCCAUCGUGUUCUUGACGGGAUCAAGUCGCGUCACGCUCUUCUCGAUCGGCUACCUCAUCGGAUCGUUCACCUUCCUGUGGCAGGGAACGGACUUUUACCUGCGACCGAUCCGGGCGAUCCUGAAAACGUGGAACAUGCUGAUCGCGUACAACGUAUUUGUCAUCACGACCAAAACGCUGCUCCAGAUGAUCGGAUGUCUGUACCUGACCACGCUGACCGAGAAGAACUGCUGGCUGGUUCAGCUGCUGGGAGUUUCGUGUCUUUCCAACCCACCGGUGGAGGAAGCCUCGACCGAUCCGCUUGUGCUCGCUCCCACCUGCAAAGUUCCGUACAGCGACAGCGGCCUCUUUUGGGACGGGUUCUGCUUCGCGUUUCUCCUGGUUCAGCGGCGGAUCUUCUCCAGCCACUACUUCUGCCACAUCAUCAACGAAACGAAGGCCAGCACGAUCCUGGCAUCGAGAGGUGCCGAGCUGAUCGAGGAUCUCCGCAUCAAGGACGUGAAGAAGGAGGCGGAGCGCGAAAGCCAGAUCCUGCAGAAGAUCAAGAUGAAGAUGGACCGCAUCAAGGCGACGCAGCAGAAGAUCCUGGAGCCGGUGCACGAUCCGACCACGCACGCGAAAGAACAAGAUCAGGCCAGCCUCCGUACGGCACGCACUCACAGUAUGUCGUCAUAUGCAGGAUAUCACACACCCAUAGAGGACGAGAUCGCCGCCGGUUCGAUGAUAAUCGAAGGCGAAGGAGUGUCGGACAUUCCGUCCGACAACGGAGCGCUGACCGUUGGUAGGGGAUCGUACCAUACGCAGGCACCUUCACCGAGUUCUGCACUGAUGACGGUUUCACUGGACGCGUACCUGGACCCGCAGAGGAUGUCGUUUGAGUCUCCAAACGAAAUGCUCGGCAGGGUGUGCAGUCCAGAUGAUACGUUCCCGGUGUUUUCGCCACCACCGUGCGAGAAGGAACAACAACCCGCUCCGACGAUCCAGACACCGCACACGCUGAUGCCCCCUAGCAAAACGGCGAUUCAAACUCGUCAGCACCGGCGCCAGUCCAGCUUGAACACCGUAUCCUGGCCCAAUCCCAACGAGUUGACCGUCAGUCCUCGGCAGCGUCGACUGUCGAACAAUUUGACUCCGGCGGAAGACACCACCGAUCAAGCACCGUCCCCGCGGUCUCCCCGAUCGCCGCGAUCGGUCACGCGCCACUCGCACCGCCGCCAGUCCAGCAUGGGCACCUCGGUGUACGCGCCGGACGAGCUGACCGCCGAUCCCAGCCGCCGCCGGUCCAGCUUUCUGGUGUCACUGUUCGUGGAUGACGACAUGACCACUCGGUACGAUGACGUCACGACCACGGGCGUGUCCCGGAAGCGGUCCGGCAGGCGACCCGGCUCGUUCUGGGGUCCGGUCGGCGAGUCCGGCCUGCGGGACUCGAUCCGUUCCGCCGUUUCCCGGUCGCCGGUUUCGCAUCACGAAUAUCCCCGUCGAAGACCGAGCCUAUGGCGGCGAAUUUCCGAGAACAGAUCAGCUGCGAUCCGUUCCGGCGAUUACUACAUGUUCGAGGACACCGAGCACGAGUUCGAGCUGGACCUGAUGCAGCCCCGGGACUCGGACGAGGAGUUCGAGAAGAAGGGCUCGGCGGAACGUCGUCUAAGCCGGAGACAUCUCACGCUGGGCAAGUUGUACGCCAAAAUCAAAGAGCACAGCGAGCAGGAGGCCGCCGCCCUGCACCUCGCUGAAGGGGAAAGCUCCCUGACGGCCGCUGCUGACCCGGCCGAAGGUACCUCGACGGCAGGGCCCGUACGCCACAGCUCGUCGCCGGCACUCGGCCGACGUGACUCGGAAAAAACGACCGCCGGACCCCCGGACCACCGGACCGGAACCAUUUCCGAACCAAUUCCACGCCAUACUCAUUUUGACGUGGGAAGUGGCAAACGGAAAAGCGACGACGACGACGAACCGGAUGGCCAGAAGCCGAGUACGAGCAAGGGAACGCCACGGCAUCAGUCCAGUACGGACGAGGAGGCGCGGUUGAUUAGCGACGACGACGAGGAGGGUGAUGAGGAGAUUGACGUUGAGGAAGCUACCAAGGGUAAGGCCGGCAAGAGGUCCAAGUUUUCGUUCAGCGGGUUGACGCUGGUUACGGCAUUCUUGGCGGGAGCGCUGGGUUCGUUGACGUUGAGGUUGCAUCGAGUAUCGCGUAGCUAUCGGUACGUGAUGAAGGUGUUGGCCAAGGAGAAGAAGAUUUUGAAGGAAACUCCCGGAUUCGGAGCGGGUAUGAGAACCGGAACAAGCAUGAUUUGGACACCAAUACAAGGAUCGCUACGAUCUGGAAGUGCCCAUUCCGGCGCCAGUAGCAGUAGUGUAAAGUCCCGCGCUGGAACUCCCAUUCCCGGUAGAUUAGCCCUGUCCCGUAGUUCCGUACAUAACAGUAACUCAUCGUUGCCCCGGUUGGCGCCUGCCUCGGACCAAACACAACAACAACAGCCAGAACAAUCGCCAAUACAACCACAAGCACCACCAACAACACCCACUCAACAACAGUCGCCACAAGAACAACAACAGCCAUCAUCAUCCCCAUCACCAAGUUCACCCAAAGUCAGUCAAUGCGACCACGAACAGACCCCGACGUCGGUUGUCGCCCAUCAUCACGGUGGUGAACCGGAACUUCCGGAUGAAGGUCGGCUCCACCAAGUGAGCGGCCUCGGAGCAGCGCUAGCGAUGAUGGCCCGCAAGGAGCACCAGGGAAAGGAAGACAAAUCCACCGAACUGAUAGAAGGCGAUAAAUCUCCAAAGGACGACGUGUCCGAGGAGGACUUUGCCAGCCAGGAGCACUCCGUAAUAGUCGAGUUCCUGCAAGCGGCCUGGUAUGCCAUUCUUUCCCACACGGAUUUCAUCUGCUACUUUUUGGUGUUCCUGAAUCAGGUCAAAUCGGCCAGCUUGCUGUCCCUACCCCUGCCCCUCAUGGUAACCCUGUGGGGCACGCUGACAUUCCCGCGGCCAUCGAAGAACUUCUGGGUCACCCUAAUUGCGUACACCCAAACGAUCGUCAUCCUCAAGUGCGUCUGCCAGUUCGAUAUGCUGUGGUGGAACCAGCGUGAAAUUGCUCCAAAUCAACCCUUCGCCCCGGCCCGGAUCAUCGGAAUCGAGCACAAGGAAGGUUACGCCACGUACGAUCUGGCCCUGCUUCUCGUGCUGUUCUGCCAUCGGUUCAUCCUGAAGUCGCUCGGACUGUGGAAGUCGGACUUUGUCGACGAGUCGGAAGUCUCCGAAGGAUUCUACAAGCUGGACACGACGGACGAGAAGACCAAGGCGCUCAUCAAAGCGGCUCAAGAAGUUGAGAAAGAACUUUUCAGGUUCGACUUUCUAACCCGACUCGGGGAUGUCCUCGAAAGUUCCCUCAUCGACAUGAACGAUUCCGACGAGCACGAAUUCCCCCAGACUUCCCCGGGCGACGUUCGUCGUCAGCGGCGUGAGCGGAUGAUUCGCUUCCUCGGCAGCAGAAGCGACUCGUUGCACGUUCCGUUGGCGUACAAACUGCCCCUCAACCAUCGGUACGCGGCGGCCAAGGUUUUGAAGACGGUGGAUUUGGAGGGGCGCGAAUCGCUCGUGAUCCGCCAGGAGACGACCGAGCUGAGCAUGGUCAAGGUCGAGGAGGGCACCGAGCAGCAGCAGCUCGACCAGCAGGAACCGAACGGCAACGGAGCGCUCGUUUGCGUGACGCACCACGCCGAGGAAGCGGGCGAUUACUUUCCCCAGAUUGUGAAACACUCGUGCCUCAAGUACACCGACUCGGUGAAGGCGUUCUUCAACCAGCUGCUCGACCGGCAGUCGCGCAAAACGGCCGACGUGUACGGGUAUCUGUUUUUGUGCGAUUUCAUCAACUUUUUCGUGAUUCUGUUUGGGUUUUCGGCGUUUGGGACCCAGGAAGGUGACGGCGGAGUCUUGUCCUACUUCGAGGAGAACAAAGUGCCAAUGACGUUCCUGCUGAUGUUGAUUAUCCAGUUCUUCCUGAUCGUGGUCGAUCGAGCGCUCUACCUGCGGAAGUACAUGGUCGGAAAGAUUCUGUUCCAGUUCUUCCUGAUCAUCGGCAUCCACAUCUGGAUGUUUUUCGUGCUGCCAGCGACGACGGAGCGAAGCUUCAACGCGACCAACCCACCGGUUUAUUACUACCUUAUCAAGUGUUUCUACUUACUGUUCUCAGCGUACCAAAUCCGGUGCGGCUACCCAGCACGAAUUUUGGGCAAUUUCGUCACCAAAGGCUUCACCAUGAUCAACUUUACCGGCUUUAAGCUGUUCAUGACGAUCCCGUUCCUGUUUGAGCUCCGCACCUUGAUGGACUGGAUCUGGACGGACACCUCAAUGACCCUCUUCGAUUGGCUCAAGAUGGAGGACAUCUUCAGCAACGUGUACCAACUGAAGUGUAUGCGACAACUGGAGGAAGACCUGCCCGCACCCCGUGGCCAAAAGAAGGGAUCCCUAGUCAAGUACCUGAUGGGAGGCGGAAUGAUGCUCGGCAUAAUCCUCCUCAUCUGGUUCCCCCUCGCCCUGUUCGCGUUCAGCAACGCCGUCGGCGAGCCAAACCUCCCGUACGACGUGUCCGUAACCCUCCGAAUCGGCCCCUACGAACCCGUCUACGUAAUGUCCGCCCAGGACAGCAACAUCCACGGCCUCAACGAAGACCAAUGGGAGCAACUCCUGAACAACUACUCCAAAAGCAAAACCGCCCUCACAUUCCUCUCAAACUACGAAUCCGUAGACGUCGCAGCCGUCAAGCUGGGCGCCAACUCAACCUCCAUCUGGAACAUCUCACCCCCAGACAAGGAACGUCUCCUAAACGACCUGAACGGCACCGUAACCCUUACGUGCCGCUUCCGGUACACCAUCAGUCGGAAGUCACAUUCCAAAGAGAAUCCCGGCACGGUCUCGGAAGAGAAACCGUACGAGCUGCGGGGAGACGAUCCGGUGCGGCCGGCGCUGGUGCAGAUGCUGGCCACCGAUUCCAACAUAUCGGUCACGUUGCCCUACCUGAUGCCAAAGUUCCUGAAGGUCAAGAACAGCGGGAACGUGAAGCCGAUUCACCAGCUGAUGGACAAGGUUGACUCCGACGACAGCUUCCGCAACUAUCGGAACAUCACGCUGCGCCUGUUCCAAACCCACCAAAACAACUCGGUCCCGCUGUUCUGGUGGGAGGUCAAGGAGAACUGCACCGACAACAGCUUCGUCAACAUGCCGUACGCGGACUGUCUGUCCCACCUGGUGAUGUACAUGUUCAACGACAAGAUCUUCCCCAGCACGAUCAGCUCGAUCGCGGCCGGGGGAAUUAUCGGGAUCUACUCCACGUUGAUCCUCGUGUUUUCGCGCAUGCUGCGGACGAGCAUCUUCUCGGGGGCGAGCUCGAAGAUCAUGUUCGAGGAUCUGCCGUACGUGGACCGGGUGCUGCAGCUGUGCUUGGACAUUUAUCUGGUGCGGGAAUCGCUGGAGUUUACGCUCGAGGAGGAUCUGUUUGCGAAGUUGAUCUUCCUGUACCGGUCGCCGGAGACGAUGAUCAAGUGGACGCGGCCGAAGAACGAGGACGGCGACGACGAGAGCGACUCGAUGAGUACGAGCUCCAAGUCGCGCAAGAAGAACGAUUAAGGAGGGGGAGGUUUUGUAAAUGUUAUUUACUUGUUUUUCUUUAAUUUUCUUCUUUUUCGCUAAAGGUGAUAUUACUUUGUAAGAGUAAACUAUUUAUUGCAAGCAAGGCACGAAGUUAGGCGUUGCCGAUUUUUUCCUUCGGCACCGAUUUUUGUCUCUUUGGAAUUGUAUGAACUUUAUUAAUUAGAAUGGAAUAAAACAAAACAAAAAUCGUUGAAUCGCAUUUGAGUGAACGCGCGCGCCUUCCAAGUAGUUAACAAAAUUUCGAAGAAAAGCAACACACAAACACAAAAUCGUCUCGUUAUUACUCUAGUCGAUACGCGUUAGCCGUUAGGGAGUCAUUGUCGUAAGAAUCGCGAGAAAAACAAAGAAUCAUAUUUAUAUCUCCACUUGAAUCAACUUGAUCUGCAUCACACAACGUCGUUGUUUAGAGUAAAUCGAAUUUUUAACAAAAGUGAUUCUUCAUAUCGGAACAAAUAUUUUGUGGAGAAUUGUGUACAACCGUGUAGACCGUGGUCUAUUUUUUCGAAUGAAAAGCAAUUU